CACCCCCACCUAGUCAAGAUAUUUCCCUACCUACAUUCAAUUCAACAUUACUCUCACUCACCCACCUUCCCUCAACCCACUCUCCUUCAUUCCCUUCACAAUUCACAUUCCUAAUACUCAGAUCCAUCCAUGGAUCAUCCUACAUUCCAGCACCGCUAUUGCAACUUCAUCAUCAUUAUUAGCAUUUUCAUUACCGGACUAACAACAAAAACAGACUCAAUCGGAAUAAACUAUGGUCAAAUAGCAAACAACCUACCAUCACCAGAAAACGUAGUAACCCUAAUAAAAUGCAUUGGAGCAACAAAAGUAAAACUCUACGACGCAGAUCCAAAAGUUCUCAAAGCUUUCGCCAACACUGGUAUAGAAUUCAUGGUAGGGCUUGGAAAUGAAUAUCUCUCCAAAAUGAAAGACCCUAAACAAGCUCAAGCAUGGAUCAAAACAAAUAUCCAACCCUACCUCCCUUCCACAAAAAUCACUUCCAUCUUUGUAGGAAAUGAAGUUCUCACUUUCAACGACUCUUCUUUAACAUCUUCUCUUUUACCAGCAAUGCAAAGUGUUCACACUGCACUCAUAGUUCUUGGACUCCAUAAACAAAUCACUGUCACAACAACUCAUUCAUUAGCUAUACUUCAAAAUUCUUAUCCACCUUCUUCCGGAACUUUUCGUUCUGAUAUAGCUCCAUGCAUUGCAUCAAUCUUAAGCUUUCAAUCCAAAACUGGUUCACCUUUCUUGAUAAACGCUUAUCCUUACUUUGCUUAUAAGGAUAACCCUAAGCAAAUAUCCUUAGAUUAUGUUUUGUUUCAACCAAACCAAGGAAUGGUUGAUCCAAAAACAAACCUGCAUUAUGAUAACAUGCUGUUUGCGCAGAUCGACGCUGUUUAUUCUGCGCUUGGAGCGUUAGGUUACGAUAAAAUGCCGGUGCAUAUUUCUGAAACAGGUUGGCCUUCUAAAGGAGAUGGAGAUGAGGUUGGUGCUAAUGUUGAAAAUGCGAGAAAGUAUAAUGGGAAUGUGAUAAAGUUGAGUAGUAAGAAAGGAACACCGUUGAGACCUGAAGUUGAUUUGAAUAUUUAUGUUUUUGCACUUUUUAAUGAGAAUUUGAAACCUGGUCCAACUUCUGAGAGGAAUUAUGGAUUGUUUAAGCCUGAUGGGAAUCCUGUUUAUAAUCUUGGAUUCUCGCUGUCUUCAUCUUCUUCUUCGUCUUCUUCGAGUUCGAAUCCUCCUUCAAAUGAUGGUGGUAAUAAUGGGAGUACUGGAUCUGGUAGUGCUCCACCGCAUCCUCCAACUUCUUCCUCCGGUUAUUUGGCCAUUUCUGAAGCUACUUCACUGGAUAGAUACCAUAUGCUUGGCCUUUCUUUAUCCUUUCUUCUACCAUUAUUGAUGAUUUUGAAGUGUUGAGGAUUUUUGCUAUGAAGUGAAUCCAAAGAAGAUACAAGGGGCAUCAUGACAAUUUAGAGAAGAGUAAAGGCAUGAUAGAAAGGAGUAAAAGGAAGAAUACAUUAUCUUCUCUUUAAUGUCUCAUGCCGGUCUAGGAAGGAAAUGUGAACAUCAAGGGCCUUGUGCCCCGCCAUGCCAGUUUAUUUACUUAUUUAUUUAUUUAUGUAUCUCAUUUUAUUGGUUCUCAUUUUGAGAUAUUCUUUUUUAACAAUAAUAUGAUAUGGUUAUCACAUA